AUGAUCCAAAAGCUGUUGCUAAUACUGACGGCAGACCUCGUCGGCGCCUUCGACGACGACCUCGGCGGUUUGUCUUUUGAAGGUUGGAUUCGAACAGAGGAACCUAUCCAAUGGUGGAUAAGAGCGCGAUUAGCUGGGUCUCGGGAGUACUUCUCAUGUUUUGUAGAAGCUUUUAUGAAGGAUUUUUAAAAAUUAUAGAACUCGGAACCUUUAGACGGUCAUUAGAGGCUUCUACCACCUGAGUCAGGUCGAAAAAGUGUAGUAUAUCAUAAAAUAUUCCAAGGCGGACUCAUACCUGUGAAGGGCUUGAACCAGCAACCUCUAGAACGGUAGCCCAGCCCGCUACCAGCUAGGCCAAAGGAACAAAAGCUUCCAUGGGACCAUACUAACCCUAUUUGAAGUUCAGUUGAAGAGGAAUCGAACCAAAGACUUCUAGAGUGAUAGCCAAGGUUUAUACCAUUUGAGCCGAGCUCAAAAAAGAUUCUAAGUUUGGAAAAAUGACCAGAAAUCACUCCAAAGACCCAUGUACCAUUAGUCAAAACCGUUACAAACAGAGCCUGAAAAUCUGAAAUAAAAAAAUGUUUCUCUGCCCCAAAGUGGAAUCGAACCAAGGACAUCUAGAAUGAUAGACAAGACCUCUACCAGUUGAGCCAAAAAAAACUUCUUAAUAAAGUUUUUCCAGGUGCAGGCGCGCUGCCGAGACAAGUCGAAUGCUUCUCCUGUAUGUCGUUGUCCUACCAAACCAGCUGGAAAUACCUUCAGGCUACCUAUAUUUACCCAAAGGUCGGGUAUUUUGAGUUUUUACCAUCCUAGAUGAGUUUAUGCAGACGCUCGGACCUCGGUAACGCAAUCCGGAAGUUUUUGAGCGUUUUUGAGCGACCACUUUAGUGACGAGAGUACUCUUUAGGGAUCCCUAGGAGCGCGUCCGGUUUGCGUUACUGAGGUCUGGAGGUUUUUAUUAUUUCUUUAAAAUUUUGUUGUUUCCGUCCAUUGAAACAUUGAAAUUGACGUAAAAACUGCUAGGAAAAGCUCAAAAUCGGCCGCGUUGCGGUCGCGUCGCGGUCUCAUGAGAAUGGCUCAUUUCCUGCAGGUUCUCACGGACCGUUGCCGGGAUCCGAGAAACAACUUUUUUUUCUUGAACUGUUGAAAUUCACGUGAAAGCUGCUAGAAAAGGCUCAAAAUGAGCCGCGUUGCGGUCGAUUAAAAUAGCUUUUUUCCCGCAGGCUUUCACGGUCCGUUUCCGGGAUCUUAGGAAGUUCCUGUUCUUUCCGUUUUUGGUGUCUUGAAAUUACCGUUAAAGUUGCUAGAAAAAGGUCAAAAUAAACCGCGUUGCGGUCGCGUCGCGGUCUUAAAAGAAUGGCGGCAAACAGCUUUAAAAUAAGCCGCGUUGCGGUCACGUCGCGGUCUCAUGAAAAUGACAUCGUUUUCUGCAGGUUUUCACGGACCGUUGCCGGGAUCCGAGCAGUGAACGCGGAAUGCCGACCGUCAUGUGCAGUAGCGUCUGCGUCUCGUUGAUGGAACCCGAUGUUGAAGCUGGUUUGGAAUUUUUUCUUUGAAAAAUCAGAAAGUUUUGAACUCUAGGAAGAUUUUGAAAGCCUGAAAAAAAUUUUUUAGAGGUUUUUUUCAAAAUGUUACAGUUGGAAGGUAUCAGAAACUUUGAUAAACUUUUUAAAACUUCGUUAUUUUUUAAAGAUUUUCAAAAUCCACUUUCAAGGUCUGGUUUUUUUUCGGCAUUUUUUAGGAUAUCAGAAUUUUCCGUCUUUUCCUAUCAUAUCAAAUUUUUGACUCAUCAAACAUUUUUACAUAUUGUCAGUGAAGUUAUUUUGAUGACCUCAUUAAUUUGAUUUUACAGGCGUUUUCAUCGGCUUCAAACACAUACGAGGAUGUCUGGAUCGAGUUUUACGGCACGGAUUCAAUCAGUCGGCUCUGAGGACCCAUCGGUUUCACCAAAAUGUCAGUUUUUUUAAGUUUUGGUUCUUAUUCAAGCCCUAAAAGUUCAGAUUCUUGGACUUAUUUUAUGAUUAUCGUAAACUAAAGGCUCAAAUUUAAUCCAUGAUUUUUUGGAUUUUUGUAACGCGAAUCGGAUGUGUAGGAGCAUUUCUAGUGACCACUUUAGUAGCUUCAGCCUUCCUAAGGGAUCCCUAGAACGUCCGGUUUUCGUUACCAAGAUCCGAGUUUGAUAAAAUGUAAAGUUAGGGUUUUUAAUUUUCCAAUCAACUUUUAGAGGAAAGAUGUUUUAACUUUAUUUGGCACUGUCUUUCGUUUAAAAAAAGUUUCAUUCGAUUUGGACCACGGAGAAAAAAGUUAGAUUUUUUUUUGUAUUUCGGCUACAGUAAUCCACAAAAGGGGCGGAGCCUGUCAAAACCUUUACUAAAAGUUUCAGAAGCUUAUGUAGUUUUUGUGGUGAAAGGAUGAGCUCAAAAAAAGCAACAUGAACUUUUAGUGCCAACGGUUCAUCGCUUUUCUCGGUUAUAACUAACGAUAAAGUGAACGGAUUCGAAUAAAGUUUAUAUUUUUGAAAAGCUCGUGAAAUACUUCAUAGAAUCAUGUAAAGAUGAAGGUUCAGAACUAAUGUCGAAAUUUGAGCCGAGCCUCUAAAUCUUACCAUCUGAAAUAAUCCUUGAAUGAUAAUUUUGAAGCCCUAUUACUCGGGAACCACCAAACUGAUCCGAAUGAAAUCCAUAUUUUUGAAAAGCUCGUGAAAUUCUCCACAAGACUGUGUAAAAUUGAAGUCUCAGAACGAAAAUUGACUCCUGAGUCGAACCUAAAGAACUUGGCAUAUAAAUGAAUCUUUGAAUGGUACCUUCAAAGCUGCAAAACUCAAUAAUCAUCAUAUCAAAUCGAAUAAACUUCAUAUUUUUAAGAAGCUUGUGAAGUGCCCUACAAAACUAUGUCAAGAUGAAAAUUUAGAAACCAUUUUGAAUUUUGAACCGAUCCUCUAGAACCUUUGAUUCAAGCUUCCUAAAAUUUGCAUGAAAAAAAAAAUUCUUGAACGGCAGUUUUCAAGCUCUAUAACUCAGGAACCACUAAACCGAUUAAAAUGAAGUUUAUAUUUUUGAAAAGCUUGAGAAAUUCUUCACAAAAGGCUUGAGAAAUUCUUCACAGAGCUAUGUAAACUUCGCAUGAAAAAAAAAUCCCUUUAACGGCAAUUUUUAAGCUCUAUAACUCAGGGACCACUGAACCGAUUUCAAUAAAAUUUAUCUUUUCGAGAAGCUCACGAAAUUCUCCAUAAAACGGUAGCGAACACGAAGUUACAGAACCAAUGUCGAACCCUAAGUCGGGCCUCUAGAAAUUCCCAUAAAACGUCUCAAAGUUGGAAGAGAAUAUCUUGACAGAGCUAUGUAAACUUCGCAUGAAAAAAAAAUCCCUUCAACGGCAAUUUUUAAGCUCUAUAACUCAGGGACCACUGAACCGAUUUCAAUAAAAUUUACAUCUUCAAAAAGCUCACGAAAUUCUCUAUAAAACUAUAGCGAACACGAAGUUUCAGAACCAAUGUCGAACCCUAAGUCGGGCCUCGUUGUUCAAUCCGGCCCGAGCCACGGAUCCGCCGGCAAUCGGCGACGUCCAGCUCUGCAGCUGCUACGGCGACCGUUGCAACUCCACUCAAACCAAACUUUACCUAUUUUCCCUAUUAUUACCUUUAAUUACCCUCCUUUUCUUUCGAUCGCCACUAGGAACGUGA